AUGAACUGCAAUUAUCAUAUUAAAAAUCCAAUAACUUUGAUAUGUAUAGCCACCCACAAAUGCUAAAGGAAACUUUGUGUUAAAUGUUUAUAUGAUCAUGGAGUGGAGAUCAAAAAAACUGUUCCGAUUGAAGAAUUUCAAGAAAUGGUGAUCCAGAAAAUAAAAGACUCUAGGCUUGAUGAUACAUCAGAGUUAACCAAAUAAAAAAUGGCUUUUGAAUCAAUGCUGUCUCAAAUCGAGAGUACGAUAAAGAAAAUUUGGGAAGAAUUAUCAGAAUCAAUCUAAUAGAUAUAUGAUAUAAUUGAACAAUAAGAUAAAUCAUAUAUUAAUCUCAUCAACUAGAAUACAAAUCUUCUUGAAACUUCAUAUACAGAGUUAGAGUAAUUAGUACAAAUAUUAUAAGGAAAAACAUUAAAUGAUUGGAAGGCUUAGAAAAAAAUUUAUUUGACUAAGUUGGAAAAGGCAAAGACUUUAUGGGGCUCAGAAAUCAAGUCAUUUAAUGAAAAAAUAAAGAAAGAAACAAAUAAGAUUUUUUCUUAGCAAUUUAACCCCUCUACUGCUUUAAAGCCUAUAUAACAAGAAGCCGAAGUAUAUAAAAUGAAGGAAGACCUUUAUGAGAUGCUCACUUACAUCCAAGAUAUUGAUGAAACUAUCUAUACAAAGAUUCUUGAAAUAUUAAGAAGAGAGAAAGUUUCAGACAUCCUUGAAUUUCUUAAAAAGGCAAACACUAACCUCUAUGAAUAGUUAAUCAACAAGCAAGAGAACAUAAACGAAGUAAGCAAGAAAAUUAAAAAAAUAACUAAUGUAUUGGGAAAUAUCAAGGAUCAUAAAUUUAAUAAAGAUGACUAUUCUUCAGAAACUUAAGAAAAGACAAGAGAAUAUCUAAUAAAGAGGAUGAAGGACAAAAAGGGGAUCAUAGAUUUUAUCAAGUUUUUAGUACUCCUCACAAGUAGAGAUGAUCAAUUCAUUUAAAGUGGGUCAAAUGGAUUAAACUUAUUAGUAGGCAUGAAGGUGGAUCUCAGGAAAUAGUCUUUAGAGAAUAUUAGGAUAAAGAAUACAUCUUUAAUUGGAGGUAACUUUGUUAGAUGCAACUUGAGUGGAUCAGAGUUUGAUAAUGUAGAUAUAAGUGGAAUGAAUUUGAAUGGUACUUAACUAUUCAAUUGUAAGUGGAAGAACAUAAAAGUCCAUGAAUUAAAUAAGUUGGAUGGUCAUAGUAGUUGUGUAAAUUCAGUCUGUUUUUCUCCUGACGGAAAUACAUUAGCUUCUGGUAGUUAUGAUGACUCUAUCCGUCUAUGGGAUGUCAAAACAGGAUAAUAAAAAGCCAAAUUAGAUGGUCAUA